UUGCAUUGCCUCCCAAAACUUUGCUAUAUAUAAGCGACUCCAGCUAAUUCAUCCUCUCAUCUCUCUCUAUCUCUCCUCCGAGUUUCUCUCACCCUUCUUCUCUUUGACUCGCUUUUCUCUCAUCACCAGCCGACUUCAAUAUUCCUGCAGAAAAAAGUGUUUUUGGGUUAUUGAGGUAUGUUUCUGAUCUGUAAUGGGGAAUGUGAAUGUCUGACGAGAGAUGAUGUUCAUCCACAUCCAUGGUGUCUUCUUCAUCAUGUACAAUACGAUUUUCCUUCUGUCCUACUGAAGACAUAGCUAUAGAUCUGCAAGGGUUCAAGUAGAAAAAUAGAUAGAUAGGCUACAGAGAAAAAAAAAUAGUAGACAAGGAAAGCAAAAAAACCAAGUCAGAUUUCAGGGCAGGAAAGACUAUCCAUUUCUGAAACAGAACCAAAAAGAGAACAUGGGUUUCUUUACACUGUUUGAGGUGGCAUCCAUGCCCAUUCUACAAGUCCUUCUAAUAAGUAUUUUAGGAGCUUUCAUGGCUACUAAUUACUGCAAUCUUCUUACUACUGAUGCUCGAAGAUCCUUAAACAAGAUUGUGUUUGUGGUGUUCACACCCUCUCUUAUGUUUGCUAGUCUGGCCAAGACUGUGACUCUCCAGGACAUCAUCUCAUGGUGGUUUAUGCCUGUUAACAUUGGACUUACCUUCUUAAUUGGAGGAAUUCUUGGGUGGAUAGUAGUUAAGAUUCUGAAACCCCAGCCUCAUCUAGAGGGGCUUGUUAUAGCUACAUGUUCAUCAGGAAACUUGGGAAAUCUCCUCCUGAUCAUUGUCCCUGCAAUCUGUAACCAGGAUGGAAUUCCAUUUGAUAGCGCCACUUGCAAAUCUGUUGGACUGUCAUAUGCUUCUUUCUCCAUGGCGCUUGGUGGUUUCUACAUCUGGACUUAUACUUACCAGCUGAUUCGGUCAUCAGCUGCAAAAUUGCAAGAAAUCAAAGCAGCUGAUGAGGUCUCAAAAGCACCUAACAAUGAUUUAGAAGCUAAUCAGGAGACUCACCUUCUCAAGGGAGGAGAUCAGGAACAAAUUCCAAUAGCUGUGGCAUCAAGCAAGUCCAUUGAUGAUGAUACAGAAAGCCAAGCUGUUGUUUACCGAGCAUCACACCAUGAACAUGGAAAAGAAGCAUCAUUCUGGAAAAAAUUAGUAGGGUUUCUUCAUCAGAUACUGGAGGAACUCUUGGCACCCCCCACAAUUGCUGCAAUCUUUGGAUUCAUCUUCGGAGCAGUGACAUUCCUGAGAAAGCUGAUAAUUGGCGAUGGCGCUCCCCUGCAUGUGAUCCAAGACACUAUCACAUUACUUGGGGAAGGAACAAUUCCUUGUAUUACUCUUAUCCUUGGAGGCAACCUCAUUCAAGGCUUAAAGUCAUCAAGAAUCAAACCAUGGAUCAUUGUUGCUGUGGUUUUCGUUCGAUAUGGGAUACUUCCUGCAAUUGGUCUUUGGGUUGUUAAAGCAGCUGGGAGUCUUGGCUUCCUUCCACCAGAUCCUCUCUACCACUAUGUGCUGAUGAUUCAAUAUACCCUACCACCUGCCAUGAAUAUUGGUACUAUGACACAGCUGUUUGAUGUGGGUCAAGAAGAGUGUUCAGUCCUCUUCUUGUGGACAUACUUGGCUGCAGCCCUGGCACUGACUGCUUGGUCAACUGUCUUCAUGUGGAUUUUGUCCUGAGAAACCCAUUUUUCCCCCAACCGUAGAAACUGCCAUCAGCAUGAUAGAUCACUAUAGAAUAGAAAUAGCCAAGAAAAUGCCCAUUAAUUGGGAUUUUCUAUUUAUUUUAUUUACUUACCUGCAUUUAUUGAUUUUUUUUGCGAUAGGUUUGAGAAAAGAUCACGCAAAGAGCUGUAUAUGUCACAGGGUUUGCUGUGACAGUUCCCGAUAGAUAGAGGAAAAGAAAAAAAAAUGAAGCUCAGAUUUGUGUGAAAUGAGCUUUACCUUCUUGAAAUGGCAAACCUUUAUCAUUUCGAUCA